AUGCCAGAUGCUGCUGCUCACCUGCCCUUUUACUAUGGCAGCAUUGCCAGGUCAGAAGCGGAGGAGUACCUCAAGCUGGCGGGGAUGUCGGAUGGCCUGUUCCUGCUGCGGCAAUGCCUGCGCAGUCUGGGGGGGUACGUCCUCUCCAUGGUCUGCAACCUGCAGUUUUAUCAUUACGCCAUCGAGCGCCAGAUGAACGGUACCUACGCCAUUGCGGGGGGCAAAGCACACUGUGGGCCAGAGGAGCUCUGCGAGUUUUACUCCAAGGAUGCCGACGGGCUCUGCUGCACCCUCCGCAAGCCCUGCAACCGCCCCAGUGGUGUGGAGCCCCAGCCCGGUGUCUUUGACAGCAUGAGGGACAACAUGGUGCGUGAAUAUGUCCGGCAGACGUGGAAACUAGAGGGGGAUGCACUUGAACAGGCCAUCAUAAGCCAGGCUCCACAGGUGGAGAAGCUCAUUGCCACUACAGCCCAUGAGAGGAUGCCCUGGUACCAUGGCAGCAUCGCCCGGGAUGAAGCUGAACGGAGGCUCUACUCAGGGGCACAACCUGAUGGGAAAUUCCUGCUGAGAGAAAGGAAGGAAAACGGCACCUACGCUCUCUCCCUUGUCUAUGGCAAAACAGUGUAUCACUAUCGGAUAGACCAGGACAAGUCCGGCAAGUACUCCAUCCCCGAGGGGACCAAGUUCGACACGCUCUGGCAGUUGGUGGAGUACCUAAAACUCAAACCGGAUGGGCUGAUUUUCUACCUGAGGGAAACCUGCCCCAACCCCAACAUGCCAGCAUCUGCAGCACCGGUUCCACCAACCCACCCCUCCAUGAGCAGACACCUUGGGCCUCUCAAUGCAGACGGAUACACACCAGAGCCUGUAGGUGCAGGAAAGUCACGCCUGUUACCUAUGGACACCAGUGUCUACGAGAGCCCGUACAGUGACCCUGAGGAACUGAAGGAUAAGAAACUUUUCCUGAAGAGGGACCACCUGAUGAUCGAUGAAGUGGAACUGGGGGCAGGAAACUUUGGCUGCGUCAAGAAAGGAGUCUACAAAAUGAGAAAGAAGCAGAUUGAUGUGGCCAUAAAGGUGCUGAAGAGCAACAACGAGAAAACAGUGAAGGAUGAAAUGAUGAAGGAAGCCCAGAUCAUGCAUCAGCUGGACAACCCCUACAUUGUCCGCAUGAUUGGAGUCUGUGAGGCAGAAUCCCUGAUGCUCGUGAUGGAGAUGGCUUCUGGAGGGCCACUCAACAAGUUCUUGGCUUCCAAGAAAGACGAGAUUACAGUCAGCAAUAUUGUGGAGCUGAUGCACCAAGUAUCCAUGGGGAUGAAGUACUUGGAGGAAAAAAACUUUGUCCACAGGGACCUGGCAGCCAGAAAUGUCCUGCUGGUCAACCAGCAUUAUGCCAAGAUCAGUGACUUUGGACUCUCCAAGGCUCUUGGUGCUGAUGACAGCUACUACAAGGCCAGGACAGCAGGAAAGUGGCCCUUGAAAUGGUAUGCCCCAGAGUGCAUCCUCUAUCACAAGUUCUCCAGCAAGAGUGAUGUAUGGAGCUACGGCGUGACCAUGUGGGAGGCCUUCAGCUACGGGCAGAAACCAUACAAGAAAAUGAAAGGCCCAGAGGUCAUCAGCUUCAUAGAGCAAGGGAAGCGCAUGGACUGCCCCACAGACUGCCCGGCAGAGAUGUACGCCCUCAUGCAGCAAUGCUGGACCUACAGAUGGGAAGAGCGUCCAGGAUUUAUUACUGUGGAAAACAUAAUCCGCUCCUACUACUACAGUAUUGCUACCAAGACAGAAAAUGGGCCAGAGACAGAGGACAACUCAAAAGCAACUCUUCCUUGA